AUGCCUUCUCUUUUGCAGAAACUCCUGUUGGGAAUUCCCCUGGCAUGCCUAGCAACCGGCCAUGCCCUCACUGAUUCCGUCAGCUCGAAUUACAAGAUCGAUGUUCACUCUCAUGUCGUUCCACCCAUCUGGAGGGAGGAAUUGAUCUCUGCAGGCUACCCAGUCAAGAAUGGUACUUUGUAUACAGAUGGCUUCCCUGUCUCGAAUUGGACACUGGAUUCCCACAUUACCACCAUGAACAGCCUUGAGGCCAAAAAGGCCAAAUCUUUAGCCCGCAGAGUCAACCUCCAGCUUCAUAAAUACACUCGAACUUACCCAACUCGACUUGGAGCUCUCUGCCUUCUUCCUCUCCCUUACGUUGACGAGGCCGUCGAGGAGUUGAAGUUUUGUCUAGAUACCCUUGGUUUUGUCGGCGUGGGACUGUACACCAACGCCAAUGGCACAUAUUUGGGUGACAAAUCCCUCGACCCCGUCUUCUCGGCCUUGGACAAACGCAAUGCCAGCGUGUUUGUCCAUCCAGCCUCUCCGGAAUGCACAUCUGUCGCCAAUGGCUGGCCCAUUCCGAUGACCGAGUAUCCUUUUGAUACCGUCCGUGCCAUUGAGAACAUGCUACUGACUGGUCAGCGUGCGCAAUAUCCGGAUAUCAAGAUGAUUUUUGCUCACGGUGGUGGCGCAAUCCCCUUCCUGGCUACCCGCAUCGCUGGAAUGGCCUCCCUUCCCUGGUUGGGUGGGCUGUCAGUCCCUGAAUCCCUGGCGCAACUCGCCGGAUAUUAUUUUGAUACCGCGGCCUCGACUUCUGCUAUUCAAUUGGCGGCUCUGAGGAGCUUUGUUGGCACAGAUCAGAUCGUGGUUGGAACUGAUUAUCCGUAUGUUCCUGCCUCACAGGCAUCGGCGGGAUUAUCCGCGAUGCAGGUUAAUGGUAACUUUACCACAGUGGAAAUGGGUCAGAUCAAUAAUCUGAAUGCUUUGAAAAUCUUCCCGCGGAUUGUCAAGGCUUUGAAGCUCCACUGA